CCUAGAUCUGCUUGAAGCUCUGAGUAUCAUGACGGCUAACAGCGUCCGCCAAGGAAUAUUCCUCUUUGAGCGUGAUAUCGCCCGAGUUUGGCGCCACGCCUAGCGCUGACUAAGUUUGCACGCGAGACAACUUCAGACAAGAUAGUCGUUAACGAAGGAUCGCGACUCGGAGAUAUGCUGCGGGGUGAAGCCGGACUCGAAACCUUGAAAGGCCUCCCGAGACGCCAUAAAGGGCUGCAGCUGCACAUCUCGCCUAAUGGGGACUAUUCGGGCUGGUCUGGCUUUUUCUGGGUCACGUCAAUCACACGGUCACACGGAAAGCUGAACAGGAAGCAACCCAUGAAUACGGGAGAUCGACGACAUGGUUGGAGUGCCAGGGCGCUCGCAGGCUUGCUCGACAUGCCGCGAGCGGAAAGUCUCUUGCGACGCGGCGAAACCACACUGCAAUCGCUGCGUGAGGACAGGCCGGCAAUGUGGCGGCUACCAGCGUCCGCGCGUGUUUGUAAACCAAUUCUCCGAGACGCAGACGCCUCUCGGCAGCAACAUGAAAAAGCCACGGACACGACGACAUGCCCCCAAAUGGGCCGUGUACUGCGCUCCCAUACCCGGCAGCGACACGGUAACAAUGUCAACAGCCUUGACAGCCGCAGCCCUGCCUAAAUCGCCCGACCCACACCAGCCGCAGCAGCACCAGCUCAUCGCGCAGCUCAUCCAGGCCUUCUGCCCUCCCAUGGACCCGACGCUGCGGCCUAGCGAGCGGAUCCACCACUACUGGGUGCACUGCCUGCCGAGCAUCCACGGCCGAGGCUUCGCAGUGCUCGACAAGGCCAUCAUGACGCUGUGCGCGGGGUUUCUCGGCCGCGUCAUGAGCGAUGAGUGUCUGCAGCAGCGCGCCAUGACCAUGUACGGCGAGGCGCUGCGCGGACUGUCGACCGUCAUGGCGGCGCCCAAUUUCGUGGCCAGCGACAGUCUGCUGGCAGCUGUUAUGUGUCUCGGCAUGGCAGAGGUGUACUCGGCCCCGACGCAGCCUGCGCAGGACAUCGGAUGGGCUAGCCACAACAAGGGCGGCUGCGAGCUGCUCGUGUCGAGGGGGGCUAGUAUUUUGCAGAGCGAGCUAGGCCGCGGCCUGCUGCUACGCUUCCGCGUUACUGGGGUAUGGACCCAACUUGUCUACGAACCGCAUCGUGCUAUACUGAAUUCUGGGUCUGGAACCCCCACAAAACAGCUUUAUACAGCCGUUGGCAAGCGAAAACCGUUUCCCUUCGCCGACCCGCAGUUAAGACAGAUCUCCAAGGCGGCCAAUCAGAAUUAUUACGACAGCCUUAUCGACGCCAUGGUCGACAUCCCCGGGCUGCUGCACGAUCUUGACACCUUGCGCCAAGGGGUCUUUAUCUCCAAAGACGACCUGCAAGACAUCCUAGCGCGCAGCAAAGCGACGACGGCAGGCCUCGGCGCGUGGCUGGUCGAGUUUCUAGCCGAGAACCGCUCGGCGUAUCACUGCGUUUGCGUCGACAGACCACGCCCACGCCCACAUCCAAGAGGUGACCGUGCUUAUGAUGAUGUCGACCUGUUCCCCCACGCUGGCGCGUUCCGCUUCCAGAAUCUCCUGGCCGCCCAGGCCGUGACCCAUUUUUGGGCUGCUCUGGUUGUGCUGGCGCGGUGUGUUGCCGCGUGCCAAGCCCUGAGCAGGGGCAGUGCGGACAUGGACUUGGAGAGGGAGGUUGACGAGGAGGAGGCAAUCGUGACAGAUCCUCGAGUGCUUGGGUGUUGCUUCGCAGACAUGAUCUGCUCUACCGCUGGGUACUUUACAGCGCGGGAGCGAGGCAUGUCUGGACCGAUCAUCCUGUUGUUCCCUCUGUGGAUUGCCAAGGAUAUGUACGCGAACAUGCACGACGAUAUGGCGAGGCGCAAGGAGGCGUUUUGUCUGGAGGUCUUCAGCGGGUUGGCGGCAAGGGGGAUGAAGAUUUCGGAUGCGUUGAUGAGUUUGUCUACGAAGACUCCAUAA